AUGAGAUUCGGCUACUUUGCUCUUUUGGCUGCCGCAUGCGUAGCAGCCUCACCACUGAAGAAUGCGAAGAAAUCUUCUUCGUUCGAGUGGUUCGGGGCCAGUGAAUCCUCCGCUGAGUUUGGGUCCGGCAAUAUUCCUGGUGUCUAUGGAACCGACUAUAUUUUUCCCAGCACAAGCGCCAUCCAAACUUUGAUUGACGAUGGCAUGAACAUCUUCCGUGUGACAUUUCUCAUGGAGCGACUAGUCCCAACUACCAUGACAGGGUCCUUUGACGCGGAGUAUCUGAGCAACUUGACAUACGUCGUGAACUACAUUACCGAAGCAGGUGCGCACGCAAUUUUGGACCCGCAUAAUUUUGGUCGAUACUAUGGCUCGAUCAUCACAAGCACAUCGGACUUCCAAACAUUUUGGCAAAAUGUUGCAGCUCAAUUUGCGUCAAAUUCGUUGGUGAUUUUUGACACCAACAACGAAUACCACGAUAUGGACCAAACCCUCGUCCUCGACCUCAAUCAGGCCGCAAUCAACGGUAUCCGUGCAGCAGGUGCAACAAGUCAAUACAUUUUCGUCGAAGGCAAUUCCUACACAGGCGCCUGGACCUGGACUGAGGUCAACGAUAAUCUGGUUGACCUCACCGAUCCUGAAAACAAAAUCGUCUACGAGAUGCACCAGUACCUCGACUCAGAUGGUUCGGGUACCAGCGCCACCUGUGUCUCAAGCACAAUUGGUCAGGAGCGCGUGGAGUCUGCGACGCAGUGGCUUAUCGAUAACGGCAAGGUUGGGGUCUUGGGUGAAUUCGCCGGUGGUGUUAACACUGUGUGCGAGGAGGCGAUUGUGGGGAUGUUGAAUUAUAUGGAGGAGAACUCCGCGGUUUGGAAAGGCGCUUUGUGGUGGGCUGCGGGUCCGUGGUGGGGUGAUUAUAUCUUUAGUCUUGAGCCGCCAAGUGGUGUGGCUUACACGGGGAUGAUGUCGACCUUGGAGCCGUAUUUUGCGUAG